AUGAAGCUGGCACUGCCCUCCAGUGAGCAGAACCACUACCAGACCCUGAAGCUGCUCUACUGUGGCUGCCAGGUCGUCCACGGCAACCUGGAGAUCACACACCUGCACGGCCAGCCAGACCUAUCCUUUUUGCAGGGCAUCGUGGAGGUGCAGGGGUAUGCGCUGGUGGCUCAUGUGUCAGUGGGCAUGAUCCCCUUGGACAGCCUUCGCAUCAUCAGGGGCAGCCAGCUGUUCAAUAACUCCUACGCCCUCGCCGUGGUGGACAACACAGCCGCAGGGGCGGGGCUUAGGACCCUGCGCCUCCGCAACCUGACAGAGGAGCAGGGCCGUGUGUGUGACCCCCUGUGUUCGGGGGGGUGCUGGGGCCCCGGGCCCCGACAGUGCGUCUCCUGCUCAGCCUCCCAGCGAGGAGUGGAGUGUGUGGAGGAGUGUCACCUCUACCAAGGCUCUGACGGCUCUCUCUGCGGCGUCUGUCACUCAGAAUGUCGACCAAUCAAUGGCUCCGCUUCCUGCCAUGGCCCGGGGCCCCACCAGUGUGCGGAGUGUCUGCACCUGCAGGACGGGGGAGUGUGUGUGUCGCGCUGCCCCAGCGGGGUGAAGGAGGAGCAGGGCACCGUCUGGAAGUACAGGAACGCCAGCGGGCACUGUCUGUCCUGCAACACCAACUGCACGCUCUCGUGCACGGAGAUGGAUGAGAGAGGCUGUCCAGUUCACUCCCAGACAGGGUGAGAUAUGUCUGGAGCUUCAGCUCAGCAGGAACACGCAUCUUCUCUGGGGCUUUAGUUGGGUGUGCUUUGCCUUCGGCAAGGGCACAACCUUUGUUCUCUCACAUAUAUAUUAUUUUUUUUUA